GUUUUUUAGAAUAUCACGUUGUAGACAGAACCGAUCACUCACAAUCCUUGAGAGCGCGUCAAGAAUAUAGCCUAAAGAUAAUAAUUAUGUAAACGUAUAAAUUAUGAAUCUCCUAUAACCGAUGUAUAUGCGACUCAAUACUGAAUCUAAAUGAAGGAGGACUUCAGUAUGAAAUUCAUGAACUUCAUGGUUGUCGUAUUGAUUUGGGCCUUGAACGUUUCUGCCGCUCCAGGGACUGGUCUUAGUCCAACUUGGAUACAAGGAGUAAAAGUAAACAGGACAGUGAGGGACAUUACCUGCAGAGAGAACUUGGAGUAUCCGCACAGUGGCCACUGCUGUAAAAACUGCCCUGCAGGUACCUACGUCAAAACACCAUGCGAUAAACCUUCUGAAAAGGGGCAAUGUGAACCAUGUGAAUUUGAUACGUUCACCGAACACAGCAGUGGUCUACCGAAAUGUUUGUCAUGCUCCAAGUGUCGCCCGGACCAGGAGACCGUAGCAAAAUGCACUAGCACACAGAACACACAAUGCCAGUGUAAAGAGGGAUACUACUGUUUGCCAAACCAAGCCUGUGAAGUCUGUAAAAAAUGCAACAAGUGCAAGGAUGAUGAAGAGCUGGUUGAGAGAUGCACCCGCAGCUCUAACACCAUCUGUAGGAAAAGAGGAGGCUCCCCAGACAGCUCCAACGCAGCAGGUACCAUAACUGUAAUUUUUGUCGUCUUGGGGUGUGUCGCCAUUGUGGCAUUGAUAUUCCUCGCUAGGAAGUGGUUCAUCUCAAGAAAAUCUACAGUGACCUCGUUGAACUGUGUCAAGAUCUGUGUGGGAGAGGACAACAGUACCACCACGGAGGAGAGUCAAAACAAAAGGAACUCCGAACUGGACAGUUUUGUACCCUUCCUGCAAACAAACCAGUUGGUGGGUACCCAGCCUACAACCUCUUGCGAGGAAGAUGAGGAUGACGAAGAUAGGGGCCUGGGCGAGAGCCUGCCCAACACUACCAGCUCUUCCCAAACCAGCCUGCGUGCGCAACCCAGCGCCCCCCUCCCUGGCCCCUCCCCGCUUCUCAGCCCUGAGUUACUGAGACAGACUCAAGCUCUGGAAUGUGAAAAACCAAAACGGCUCAGUCCUUUGAAUGGGGAUGAGUCUCUGAAGAAAAGCUUUGACCUUUUCAGUGAGAUGGAUGUUCACUGUCACAACAGAUUUUUCCGUUAUAUUGGGCUUAGCGACAACAACAUAAAAAACGUAGAGAUGCUCUCUCCGGAUGACAAAGUUUACGAACUGCUGAAGAUCUGGAUGGAAAAGGAAGGAAUGAAGGCGGAUUUUAAUGACCUCAUCGAAGCUUUGCUUCAUUUAGACCAAAGGUUAUCUGCAGAGAACAUCAUUGCAAAGGCGAUCGGUAAUGGUUAUUACAAGUAUGAAGAUGAUUGACUGAAAACGGACUGACUUUCGCCACCUACUGCCGGAAGUUCCUGUGUAGAGAAAAUGAAAAGGAUCGUUUUCUAUGCCCUGUGUUACAGGGGUCAUAUGUACAUUUGUUUAGCAUUUCUCUUGUAAAGAUGUUAUGUUGCUCAUCUUGACAUAGAAACUAAAACAAUGAAUUAUAAAGUAUUAAUUUUUUUAUUUGUUUAUUUUGAGUUUCUGUUUAAUAUUGGAGGCUGUCUGUCUGGUUUUUCCAUUUACCAAACUUUUCAGAUAGACAUACUACAGCCCACAAUUUAAACAGAAUUAUUUAUCUUUUUUUUGUCAUUCUCAUAUGUUUCUAUAACUGUUAUUUUCUAUGAAUUCUGAAGUGUAAUUUCAUGGUCAGUUACAUGUAAGUUGAAAUAUGUUACCACCAUAUUUUCAUUAGCCAUGAAAGAAAAAUCCAUGUUGAUCAGGGGACUGAAUUGUCCUUAAUGAUCUGUGUACAUAAUGUGUGAUGUUGUGUGUAAAUUGUGUUUUGUUUUUUGCGUUACUGUUGUACAGUGUUUGGGACACCUUUGCCCUGGGUGCCUUAGUUCAUUUCAGGGACUACCUUUCUUGCUUUUCAUGAUAAAUUGCAUUGUUAAUUGUUUGAAAUGUAUGAAAAGCUAUUUUGACUUUUUUUUCCUUUACUUUUUUUAAUAGAUAUUUUGAUGAAGUUAACUGUGAUGCACUUAAUAUUUCUUGGCUUUAUUUAUUGCAUUGUAUUUGUAGGUUUGGAAGAAUAAAAAAGUUAUGUCAAA